AUGUCUACUCAAGUAAAAUCCGAUGAUACGCCCCACAUCACCCACGAUGAAAAGGUCCACGAUCAUGAGCUGCAAGGCUGGGUGGGUUUGGCCGAAGAUGCUCGGAAUGCGACAAUCGAAGAGCAUAGCUUGACCUUUGUUCAGGCUGUCAAGUUGUACCCGAAAGCAUGUAUGUGGACAAUGGUUGUCUCUCUCGUUGUGAUUCUGGAUGGAUAUGAUACUGCCCUCAUCGGCUCGCUUUUCGGUUUCCCGGCUUUUCAAAAGAAAUUCGGCCACGAGACCAGCACUGCAGGAUCUUAUCAGCUAGAACCCAAAUGGCAAACUGCGCUCGGCCUCGCAAGUCCAUUGGGAAACAUCGUCGGUAUUUACAUCAAUGCAUUCUUGACUGAGAGGUGGGGUCACAAGAAGACCUGUCUGGGGACAUUAGGCUUCCUGGUCGCCGUCCUCUUCAUGCCCUUCUUUGCAACGCGGGUCGAGAUCCUCUUUGUCGGAGAACUUCUUUGCGGCCUUGCUUGGGGUGUUUUCACCACCUUGGCCCCAGCCUAUGCCUCUGAAGUUGCGCCCGUCGUACUCCGAUCUUAUCUCGAGACGUACGUCGUCCUCUGUUGGGGUAUCGGGCAAUUCGUCGCCACUGGUAUCCUGGACAGUCUCGACAAACGUACUGGACAGUGGGCCUGGCGAAUCCCACUUGCUGUACAGUGGGUUUGGCCAGUGAUAAUCGUCCCAGUGCUCAUCUUCGCCCCUGAGUCUCCGUGGUGGUUGGUUCGCAAGGGUCGGAUCCAGGAAGCGGAGAAGUCGAUGAAGCGUCUGACCUCCUCACAAGACCCCGACCACGCUAGGAAAUCCGUUGCACUUAUGCUCCAAACAACAGAGCUGGAGAAGGUUAUGACUGAGGGUGCGUCGUUUGUCGACUGCUUCCGUGGUUCUAACGCAUGGCGUACAGAGAUUGGUUGCAUUGUCUGGACAUCUCAAGUGCUGUGCGGUUUUGCCAUCACCUCCUACGCGACUUAUUUCUAUGAGCAGGCUGGCCUGUCUACCUCUGAUGCUUACAAGAUGUCAGUCGGGCAGUCUGGUCUGCACUUCCUGUGCACUUUACUCUCGGUCUUCAUCACCGGUAACUUCGGUCGCCGCCCUGUCCUCUUCUUUGGCUACAGUGGUAUGUGCAUGUCCAUGCUUCUCAUUGGCAUCAUGUCCUGUGUGACACAAACCAAAGGCCUUGGAUAUGGAGAGUCCGCCAUGUACCUUCUCUGGUACGUGUUCUACGAGUUGACUAUCGGUCCUAUCGCGUUUAUUAUUGUUGGCGAAAUAUCGUCUACUCGCCUCCGAUCGAAGAGUAUCUCCCUUGCGCGUAACGCCUACAAUGUCGCCAAUGUGUUUAGCUCGACUGUUGCCCCUUAUACGCUCAACCCGACGGCUGGUGACUGGAAAGGCAAGACUGCCUUUUUGGCUGCUGGCUUUACCAUUUUCAUCCUUGUCUGGGCGUAUUUCCGUCUUCCUGAGUCGCGUGGACGUACUUAUGAGGAGCUUGAUAUUUUGUUCUCUAGGGAUCUGAAGGCGUGGGAGUUUAAGGAUGCCCAGAUUGACGAGGAUGCUGCUGAGGUUAUUACAAAGCAGGGAUGA